AACAUGUGAUGGUGUGUGUGUGUGUGUGUGUGUGUGUGAAGGUAUGGGUGAGUUGAAGCGCAAUCCCCUGCACUCUUUCACUCUUUUACGCACUCCGGAGCGUCUGAUGCUCUCGCGCUUUGAUCAUGCAGCCGGUGACUCUCGCGGUGCUCUUCUUACUGCAGCUCGUGCGUGUGUCGCGCGCGCAGUUCCCGCGCCUGUGCGCGACCACCGAGGCGCUCCGGACUAAAACGUGCUGUCCCGCGUGGCCCGGUGAUGGCUCGGUGUGCGGCGUGAGCUCCGGCCGCGGCUUCUGCCAGGACGUGUCGGUGUCCGAUCUGCCGAACGGGCCUCAGUUCCCGCACAGCGAGGUGGACGACCGCGAACGGUGGCCGCUCGUUUUUUACAACCGCACGUGCCAGUGCGCGGGCAACUUCAUGGGCUACAACUGCGGCGACUGCAAGUUCGGCUACUACGGUGCCAACUGCGCGGAAAGGCGCGUGAGCGUGCGGCGGAACAUCUUCCAGCUGUCGGUGGCGGACCGGCAGCGCUUCAUCUCGUACCUCAACCUGGCCAAGAACACCAUCAGCCCCGACUACGUGAUCGUGACGGGCACGCGCGCGCAGAUGAACGACAGCGCGACCCCGAUGUUCGCCGACAUCAGUGUGUACGAUCUGUUCGUGUGGAUGCACUACUACGUGUCGCGCGACGCGCUCCUCGGCGGUCCCGGCAACGUGUGGUCGGACGUGGACUUUGCGCACGAGGCCGCCGCCUUCCUGCCGUGGCACCGCGUCUUCCUGCUCUUCUGGGAGCAAGAGAUCCGCAAACUCACCGGCGACUUCAACUUCACCAUCCCGUACUGGGACUGGCGGGACGCGCGCGACUGCCAGGUGUGCACGGACGAGCUGAUGGGCGCGCGCAGCCCGCUCGACCCCAACCUCAUCAGCCCCGCCUCGGUCUUCUCCUCGUGGAAGGUGAUCUGCACUCGUACAGAUGCGUAUAACGCACGUGAGGUGCUGUGUGACGGUGCACCUGAGGGUCCGCUGCUCCGUAACCCUGGCAGCCACGACCCUAGCCGUGUCAACCGGCUGCCUAGCAGUGCAGACGUGGAUUUCGUACUCUCGCUCACGCAGUACGAGAGCGACACACUCGACAGACGGGCCAACAUGAGCUUCAGGAAUGUGCUAGAAGGUUUUGCGAGUCCAGAGACAGGUAUGGCAGUGUCAGGCCAGAGCACGAUGCACAACGCACUACACAUCUACAUGAACGGCUCGAUGUCAUCAGUGCCGGCAUCAGCUAAUGACCCCAUAUUCCUUCUGCACCAUGCGUUUAUAGACAGCAUCUUUGAGCGAUGGCUACGUCUUCACCAGCCCCCGCGCACUAAUUACCCAAAUUCCAAUGCUCCGAUUGGACAUAAUGGAGGCUACAACAUGGUGCCCUUCAUCCCUCUGUACAGAAACAUGGACUACUUCAUCUCCACAAAAGAGCUGGGAUACGAAUACACCUACCUACUGGACCCAACUCAGCGGCUCCUGCAGGAGUUUAUCACUCCUUACUGGGAGCAUGUGCAGCAGAUUUGGCCCUGGCUGCUUGGGGCCGCAGUGCUCGGAGCCCUGGUUGCCGCGGUCAUCGCCGCGGUUAUCAGAAGGGUUGUCAUGGUGACGCGUCGCCAAGGGAACAGGAAGAAUGGAUACGGAGAGAAACAACCACUACUGAACAGCAGUGAGGAGGAUACCGCCUCAUAUCAGACCACACUCUGAACACACACACACACACACACACGCACUCACACACACCAUUAGAACAAAAACAUCAUGAUAUAUACUGUACUGUAUGAACACAUAUGACUAUCUACACACACACACACACACACACACACACACACACACACACACACACACACGGAUAACUCAACAGACAGACACGCAUGGAAAAGUGAAUACACACACACAGAUAACUGAACACACACAACACACACAAAACAUACACAACACACAUACAGAUAAAAUAGACACACAAGGAAAAGUGAACACAUACACACACAUACACACACACACACACCACUCAUACACAAAUAACUCAACACACACACAGAACAUACACGGGUAACACUCACAUAUGGAUAACUGAACAUACAGACACACAAACAACUGAACACACACACACAGAUAUCUGAACACACACACACACUGUGUCAGACCCAAAGACUGUACUGUAUAUUAAUCUAAGUGCUUAUUGUGUGAAUAAAAUGAACAUGUACUGUGUUAAUAAAAACACCAAAAUGUUUAUAUAUAUACUGAUU